AUGCUUCUCAAAAAUAUUGAUCUCAAUUUUUACCCUUCCAUCCCUCAAAACUACAAAGCUUCGCAGGAUGGACAACUAUGCAUCCCCGCGGGACCAAUUACUUACAUUUUGACCAAUUCGGUUCUAAACCCGGGUCUCGUCUCGAACCCUCCGGUUCCAUCGAAGUUUAAACCGGGAGAUGAGAAUAAAAUUGAUUAUAGAAGCUCUGAGAAUCGAGCCGAUUGGAAGGGGUAUGGUGAUGGUAACGAUGGAGGAGACGGUAGCGAGUAUGAAGAAAGCGAGGAGGAUGGUGAAGAGGAGGGGGAGCAGGAAGGGGAGGAAGAGAAGGAGGGAGAUGUGGAAGAAGACAAAGCUCGGCCGGAGUUUCAGUUUCAUUGGCAGAAGCUAGAGAUUCUACAGGAUGAAGAGGUGGGAGAUGUGAUGAAGGGAGGCGUGAGCUUUCAAUUAGACCAGACGUUCAAAGAAGGGUUUGCGAGACAGAUGGAGUGGUCUCCGGUUGGGGCUGGAACUCACCGAAGGUGCUCACUGUCUAUCCUGACUUCUUCUCGACAAGUCUUGAUUUAUCAACCUACCACUGUUAUCGGACGUGGUUUGAAGCUUCAGAUGAAGCUUUUGGAUCGAUUGAUCGAUCAAGAUGUUCCUGGAGAUGAAGUCGUAGAGAUCACAUGGGACAAACUUCCGAGAGAGAUCUGCUGGUCACAGCCAUGUACAUUCCAAACUAUGCGAUGGGGAAUCCCUAUCUUUACUAUGGUCGAUGAGAACAAUGAACUCACGUUCGUUAAGAUCAUUGACCAGGAUGUAGAGCUUCUUCUGAAAACUACCCCCAAAAUACCGGAAGGCUCGAGAAUUGUCAAAAUGUGCUGGUCGCCGUGGGUUAUAAUGAGCUCCGACGAAGGCAUUGCAUUCUUCAGCUUUAUUACCACGGAUGGAGUUUGGGUCCUGAGGAUGGUCCUUUCCAGGGUUGGCGGGAAGCUGGUACUCUCCGCUGGAGAUGAGCCACCGCACCUUACCCCAGGGGCAAUGGCGGGUUACGAACCCCAUGCUUUGCUGUGGUACGAACGUGUAUACAACAUUCCAAACCGGGCCCCUGAAACUCUUCUAGCUGCGAUUCAGCGUGAUGGCGUCGAGCUCUUUGGCAUUACCUUAGAUAUCGGUAAACGCUUCUGUCUUCAACGCCUUUAUAAAGUGUUCAUGGAUCUGCCUGCUUGCCUCGCUGGUUACACUUUUUCUGACCCUAUUUGGAUGGAUUACCUCGACCUCAAUAUCUGCUCGACAAAUGGCGCGCUCUCGAUAGUUAGAAUCGACCUUUCCAACCUUAACAAAUCCAUCCUCCUCAAGGCUGUCAUACCGAAUUUUUAUGGUCGCACUUUAAUACAGAAUAAUUGUGAAUUCCCUCAGCCGAACACCAAACCCGACUUCAUCGACAUUCUCGAUGAAAAAAGAGCCUCCUUCAUCGAGGACUGGAAAAUCAUGCAAGCAUCGUGUCAAGUCUAUGGCAUAGCAUACUGUCCACUAGGUGGGAUUCUGUCCGUUUGCUACCGUUUAAAGCCUGAAGGUGUCCUCGAGUAUCCCAUCAAGGAGAGGGAACGAUGCACACUCUCUUGGCAAUUCUGUAGAGACUGGUCGGAGAUGUUUGAUCCUGCUCAGGCAGCUGGGUCAGCCAAGUACUUCACACUCAACGGAGUUCCUGGAGAAGCGUUUGUAAGUGACAUUCGUUUCUUGGUGGACCCCGAGGAUGCAGAGGAUUCCUUCAACAGGAUGGAGGAGAUCCUUUCGGACGGGAUGAACGAAUCCCGGAGGCUCCCGCCUCCUCUUGCACAGGAAGCAGAAUUCUACCUGUUUCAAGAUAUUAAGCCAGCAGAUCUGAUCGAUCAUAUCUCCACCUAUCUCUUCAACACCAAGGAAGCAGUUUUAAACCGGGCUAGGAACUUGGUUGGCCUUCUGAGAGCUAAUAAGAUUGCUCCGAAGAAGCCUGGAGUGUUGAGUGCGCAAACGGGGACUACGAAGUUGGUAUUAAGCGCCGUUCUUGAGAUUCCUGUCUUAAAGGGGUCGCAAUUGCGAACUCGAAAAUCGCGACUGAUUAGGUGGUUAACCGCAUGCUUGGGGAUCCUGGCUUUCUAUCGCGAUGAGAGAGUUUUUAAACUCUCGAUCCAAACGCUGAAAGAUUUGGAAUAUCGUUUCGCGCUUGAUAUUGAAAUUGAGAAGAAGCUUAUUGCUGAGAGGAAGGAGGUUCUUGCAAACCCUGGGAAUUUGGAUUUGUUGGUCACGAUGACGAAGAAGAUUGUAAGAGUAGGUGCGAUGGAAAAAUGUAAUGUUUGCCUUGCGCCUGUUCCGUUGGAUGAUUUGAUGAACGGGAGGUGUGGAAAUGGGCAUUUGUUCAAACGCUGCGCUCUCACAUUUUUGCUCAUUACGGAUCCGAAUCCACGAGUAUGUGGGAUCUGUAGUCGUGAGUAUAUUUCAAGAAGAAUGGUAGAUGAAGACGAAGACGAAAAGGCAAUGACGGCGACUGAUCAACGUGGAGGGAAAUUGAUUCAUGAUAAUGUUCGAGAACCGACGUUGUUUAGAAUUUUAUUUGAGGCUGUGGAUACUUGUGUGUUUUGUGGGGGGAGCUUUUAUGAUAAAGAGGAGUUUAGAAAGGGAGGGGAGCAGUAG